AUGUUUGUCAAGCUCGUAAAACCUUAUCUGUUUCUGCUUUUGCUUAUGCGGUUUGCAGACUCUGAAGAUGCUGGCUUCACCUACAAUGGCUUCCGAGGUGCUAACUUGAGCCUGGACGGUAUGGCUCAGAUCACACCAAGCGGCCUCUUAAUGAUAACAAACCAAACUGCACAGCAGACGGGUCACGCCUUCUACUCGUACCCACUCCACUUAAAGAACCCAGGCAACGGUGAAGCUGUCUCCUUCUCAAGCACUUUCGUGUUCGCCAUCAUCACCCAGCCCGAGUACCCAGAUAUGGGUGGCCAUGGAAUGGCUUUCGUGAUCGCACCUUCAAGAGGGCUCCCAGGAUCCCAACCAACCAGAUAUCUAGGCCUUUUCAACGCGUCCAACAAUGGAAAUAUGUCCAACCAUGUUGUUGCAGUUGAACUGGACACGAUCGAGAACAUCGAGUUGGCUGAUAUCAAUGAUAACCAUGUUGGUAUUGACAUUAAUGGCUUGAAAUCCGUAGACUCCGCACCAGCGUCUUAUUUUACGGAUCAAAAUGGUGAGUUUAAGAACUUAAGCCUCAUGAGUGGGAAAGCAAUGCAAGUAUGGGUCGAAUACAAUGGCUUGGACACUCGAAUUAAUGUUACAAUAGCUCCGAUUAAUGUGCCUAAACCAGAUAUCCCACUCUUGUCAUUGCGCUACAAUCUUUCUCCGAUCAUUAAAGACCCCAUGUACGUUGGUUUCUCGUCGUCUACGGGUGCAGUUCUUACAUCCCAUUAUGUGUUGGGAUGGAGCUUUAAGACCGACGGUCCAGCCAAAGAGCUCACUCUCUCCCAACUUCCUACGCUUCCUCGAGUAGGAACUAAACAGCAAUCUAAGUUUAUCACGGUUGGGUUGCCCAUUCUUGGCUUGGUUUUAAUGUCCACACUGAUCACCGGCAUUCUUUUCAUCUUUAGAAGGAAGAGAAAGUUCGCUGAAGUACUUGAGGAAUGGGAACUACAGUAUGGGCCUCGUAGGUUCAAAUUUAAGGAUCUCUACAUCGCCACCAGGGGAUUUAGCGAAAAGGAGCUUCUAGGUCAGGGCGGUUCAGGUAAGGUGUACAGAGGCAUAUUACCCACCUCCAAAGUGGAAGUUGCAGUGAAGAGGGUGUCCCAUGAAUCAAGACAAGGAAUGAGAGAAUUCGUUGCCGAGAUUGUUAGCAUGGGUCGACUGCGGCACAGGAACUUAGUACAACUCUUGGGCUAUUGCCGGCGUAAAGGAGAGCUCCUGUUGGUCUACGAUUACAUGCCGAAUGGAAGUUUAGACAAGUUCAUCUUCGACCAACCAAAAUCUACACUGAAUUGGAGCCAAAGAUUUCGAGUCAUCAAAGGAGUAGCAACUGGGCUAUUUUAUCUGCAUGAAGAAUGGGAGCAGGUCAUUGUUCACAGAGAUGUAAAGUCCAGCAAUGUCCUAUUAGAUAGCGAAUUCAACGGUAGAUUAGGAGAUUUCGGACUCUCGAGGCUUUAUGAUCACGGAAGCGAUCCACAAACAACACAUGUGAUGGGUACACUAGGUUAUCUUGCACCAGAGAUUACUAGAACCAGUAGGCCGACUCCCAGCACAGAUGUAUUUGCUUUUGGGGCUUUUGUGCUUGAAGUGGCGUGUGGGAGAAAGCCUAUAGAACCACAAGCAUCCGGUGAUCAUGAGGAUUUUAUUUUGGUUGACUGGGUGUUGUCAUUUUGGAGUAGAGGGGCAAUUCUUGAGGCAGCAGAUCCAAAUUUGGCAAGCAAUUAUGUGGCUGAGGAAAUGGAUUUGGCAUUGAAGCUUGGCAUUCUUUGCUGUAACUCCAUUCCGAGAGAUAGGCCGACCAUGCGUCAUGUAUUGGGGUUUUUGAAUGGAGAUGCCCCGCUUCCGGAUCCAUUGUGGGUUACAUAUUCACAAAAGGAAGUCUUUAACAACUUUGGCCUGUUUCAUUCUUCUUUGGGUUUGAACAAUACAAUCAGUCAAUCAUCGGUGACAGAGUCUCUCCUCUCCACAGGGCGUUAGUAGCACCUAGAAAUUAUCUGUAGGUUAAUUGUUCCGUUUAGAUGUAUAUUGCGAGUAUAAUGGUGUGGCCAUCUUUUUUUUUUUCUUUCUUUUUUCCAUUGCCAUUUUGUUUUAUAAGUUUUUUUUUUUCCUUUUUGAAGUCUGUUUUAUAAGUAAAUUAAU